AGAGGAGGGAUGACGCGCUGCAGCCCGGAGAAGCUGUCCGCUGCCUGGAACACCCUGAGCCUGGGUCUGGUGCCUGCCUCCGCCCUGGGGCUGGCUGCUCCUAGAUCUGGUGCUGAUGAGUCGAUCGGGGAAAACGAUCUGAAAAUAGCCUUAGAUGUGCUCCGUGCCUGUGGCCUGCAUACUGUGGUGGAAGAAUGGUUCACCGAAGUCUUGCAGAUGGAUCUGCAGAGGAACAUCGCUCCAGAAUUCUGGAAUGGCAUCAACCAGCAGGAGAAUGCUGUUGAAGAGCAGGAAUGUGUACUACUCUUGCUGGACACCUUCCGUCUCCUUUUGUCCCGUUUAGAACCAUACCUAAAAAGCAUGGAAAUCCUGGGUAGGUGGGCAGACAUGGGCUUCUUGCAUGGCUCAGAUUCCCAGAUAUUGAGGGAUAAAGUGUUCACCAUGUUUAAAGCUAUCCUCUUCUUUUCCACCUCCAAGACUUUCCAAAACAUGGUUCAGCAGUUUUAUAGUCGGACGUUUUAAGAUUUACAUGAGGCAGAAGAAGAGGGGGGAUGAUUGUGUCAUGACUGUGACAGCAGCAUGAACGAGCAGGAGAGUGACUCUGAGGACCCCUUGGUAGAGGACUCGGAGUGUGCUGGUUGUGAGAGCCCUAAGGACCAGUGCUGGUGCAGCACUGCCAUGGAGCAGUUUCAGCAGCUCAACAGCAUCUUCCACAGGUUGAAUCUGCUGGAGAGAGUGUGUUCAGAUGCAGUCACCACAAUUCUUCACAAGAUGAUUGAGCAGAGAAUGGAGAAAAGAUGCCGUGGAGACUAUGAGAGAUCCUUUCUUACUGAAUUCCUGGAGUGGAUAGAGAAGGUGAUUGGCUGGCUCAGUAAAGUCUUCCUGCAGGAUGAGACAUCUCAAGCCUCCAAACAUAAAGCUAUGAGUACCCUGAAACGGUGGCGUUGUCAUGUUCAGCGAUUUUUCUACCGCCUCUACGCUAGCAUGCGCAUUGAUGAACUUUUCUGUAUUAUUCGAGAUUUUCCUGACUCUAAACCAGCCAUCAAGGAUUUAAAGUACUGUCUGGAACGGACCAAUCAGAGGCAGGAAUUACUUUCAAGCCUGAAAUCCGCUCUAGAGACCAGGUUGCUACAUCCUGGUGUGAAUACAUCAGAUAUAAUCACCUUAUACAUUUCUGCCAUUAAAGCUCUGAGAGAACUGGAUCCUUCUAUGGUGAUUCUGGAGGUGGCCUGUGAGCCAAUCAGGAAGUACCUGAGAACAAGAGAGGAUACCGUACGACAAAUUGUUGCUGGUUUAACAGGAGAUGCUGAAGGGGAUUUGGCCAAUGAGCUGUCUAAGGCUGAUCCUGUGGUCCUAGAGAAUGGUCAAGAGAGUGAUGACGAUGUGUCAGACCCAGAGGAUUGGGUGCCAGACCCUGUGGAUGCCGAUCCUGGUAAAAGUGGCUCCAAGCGUCGCUCCUCUGACAUCAUCAGCCUUCUGGUCAGUAUUUACGGCAGCAAAGAGUUGUUUAUUAAUGAAUACAGAACCCUUCUCGCUGACAGAUUGCUCCACCAGUUCAGCUACAGUUCUGAGAGAGAAAUCCGUAAUGUGGAAUUGUUGAAGCUCCGCUUCGGAGAGGCUCAGAUGCAUUACUGCGAAGUCAUGCUGAAGGACAUGGCAGAUUCUCGCCGCAUCAAUGCAAAUAUACGUGAUGAGGAGGAAAAGCUCCUGGAAGAAGAGAGACCUCCAUUUAACCUAGUGGCAGUCAUCCUUUCAAGUGAGUUUUGGCCAGCACUAAAGGAUGAGAAGCUGGAACUCCCAGAGCAGAUUAAAGAAACCAUGGAAAUGUUCACUAGGCGAUAUGAGAAACUCAAGGCAAUGAGGACACUAAACUGGAAGCACCAUCUCGGGUUGGUGAGCCUGGAUGUGGAGCUAGCUGACCGCACUCUCUCUUUUUCCGUGUCCCCUGUCCAUGCCGCCAUCAUCCUAAACUUCCAAAAUAAAAGUACCUGGACCUUAGAAGAGCUCAGCGAGGUUUUGAAGGUUCCUGUUGCUUCCUUGCGCAGGAAAAUGACCUUCUGGCUCCAGCAAGGUGUCCUCCGUGAAGACCCUCAAGGGACAUUCACAGUUAUCGAGGAGGAACAGAAAGACCAAGCGGAAAAAGUGGUCCUAAUAGAUAGUGAUGAAGAAGGGGACUCAGCGAUGGCUUCACAGGCUGAUCAGAAGGAGGAGGAGCUGCAGCUCUUUUGGACUUACAUUCAGGCCAUGCUAACCAACUUGGAAAGCCUGCCACUGGAGCGGAUCCACAGUAUGCUGAAGAUGUUUGUGAUGACUGGUCCUGUGGUGACAGAGAUAGAUAUUCAGGAGCUGCAGGGCUUUCUGCAGAAGAAAGUCAGUGACCAACAGCUCGUCUACUCUGGAGGGGUCUACAGGUUACCCAAAAACUCCAGCUAA